CCGUCAUCCGACUCCGACAUCUUCAUCUCUCCAUCACCAACUCACUCUCUCACAUCCCCCAUCCGCUCAUCGCGCGCACACGAGACAUGGCUGAAAACCCUCCCGUUGCGCCCAUGGCGCCCACCUCGCGCGAGAACCGCCCCGAGAUCGUCGGCGGGGAUGCGCCCGAAGCCCCCUAUCCCAUCGAGCUCUUCGGCGCCGUCACCAAAGGCUUCGGGCGCGGCGCACGCUUCUUGGGCAUCCCGACCGCUAACCUCCCGGACUCGUCCCUCGGACCCCUCAACGCCCUCUCCCUCACGGGCAUUUACUACGGCUUCGCCCGCGUGCACCCCACCAUGUCCACCCCGCUCCCCACCGCCGCCCCCACUCCCGCCCUCACCCCCUCCGGGAGCACGACGUACCUCCCCGACCUUGCCGCCGCCAGAUCCAACACGUCAUACCACCCCGCCGCGCCAAAGGACAUGGGCAAGCACCCGCUUACCGCCGACGAGAUCGCCUCCAUGCCCGCCCACACGGCGCCGUACCCGCCCGAAAGCGCGCCGGCGACACCAGGUGGCGCACACACCAAGAUGAGGAGGCUCGCCGAGGAGGACGGCAAGGUGUGGCCCAUGGUCAUGAGUGUGGGCUGGAACCCGUACUUUAAGAACGAGAAGAUCACUGCUGAGGUCCACAUCAUGCACCCCUUCAAGCACGACUUCUACGGGCAUGAAAUGAGCGUCCUCGUCCUCGGCUACAUCCGCCCCGAGCUCGACUACAUCUCGAAAGAGGCGCUUAUCGCCGACAUUCAGUUCGACGUCAAGGUCGCACUCAACGGUCUCGCGCGCCCCGCGUACGCAGCCUACGCGUCCUCGCCCUUCCUCACCGGCCCGCCGCAGCCACCUGCAGACGAAAACGCCGGCUCGGCCGCCAUCGAGGCAUAGAUAGCAUAUACCCAUGACCAUGUAUUCCCUUGCUACAG